AUGGCGUCUUCGCAUACCGAAGAUGUUGUCGCGACGGUUCUCGAGACGAUCGAGGAGCGCGGCUAUGACGAUGCGGUGCACAAGGCGAAUUUAAUCAAAAAUGAGGCGAAUCAGUUCUUCAAAGAUCAAGCUUAUGAUGUGGCUAUUGAGUUGUAUACCAUGGCUAUUGAAUACAAUCCAACGGCGAUGUUGUACGGCAAUCGAAGCAUGGCUUAUUUGAAAAAAGAGCUUUAUGGAAUCGCUUUGGAGGAUGCCGAUCAGGCGAUCGCUCUCGACCCGUCAUACGUUAAAGGAUUUUAUCGACGAGCGACGGCGAAUAUGGCGUUGGCGAGAUUCAAGAAGGCUCUUGCCGAUUAUCAGGCGGUGGUGAAGGCUCGUCCGAAUGAUCCUGACGCGAAGCGCAAGUUUGAGGAGUGCCAAAAGAUAGUGAGAAGGAUGGCGUUUGAGAAGGCCAUUUCGACGGACCAUGAUAAAAAGAGCAUCUCGGAGACGAUUGAUAUCAACGCGAUGGCAAUUGAGGAUAAUUAUGAUGGUCCGCAUUUGGAGGGUUGCGUCACCGAAGAAUUCAUGAGCUCGUUGAUCGCGCACUUCAAAUCGCAGAAGAAGCUUCACCGAAAAUACGCGUUCAAGAUGUUGUUGGACUUUUUCAAUUAUAUGAAAGAGCAGCCGACGAUGGUGGAGAUCACGGUGCCCGAUAAUCAGAAGUUCACGAUUUGCGGUGACGUUCACGGCCAAUUCUAUGAUUUGUGCAAUAUUUUCGAUAUCAAUGGAAUGCCGAGCGAAAAGAAUCCAUACCUUUUCAACGGCGAUUUCGUUGAUCGCGGAUCGUUCUCGGUGGAGACGAUCUUCACGAUGAUCGGAUUCAAGCUUCUCUAUCCGCAACAUUUCUACAUGUCACGUGGUAAUCAUGAAUCCGAUGUUAUGAAUAAGAUGUACGGGUUCGAAGGCGAGGUUCGUAGCAAGUAUAGCCAACAGAUGAGCGACUUCUUCACGGAGAUCUUCUGCCAUUUGCCGUUGUGCCAUCUCAUCAAUCACAAGAUUUUCGUGUGUCACGGCGGACUGUUCAAGGAGGACGGUGUGACGCUCGACGACAUUCGCAAGACGCGACGAGUUCGUCAGCCGCCAGACGAGGGCAUCAUGUGCGAUCUGCUCUGGUCGGAUCCGCAGCCGAUCAAUGGCCGAUGCCCGUCGAAGCGCGGCGUCGGCUGCCAGUUCGGUCCCGACGUCACCGCGCGAUGGUGCAAAGAGAACGACAUUGAGUAUGUCGUUAGAAGUCACGAGGUGAAGCCGGAAGGCUAUGAGGAGCACCACAACGGCCAGUGCUAUACGGUAUUCUCGGCGCCAAAUUAUUGCGAUCAAAUGGGAAACAAGGGGGCUUUCAUCACGAUCACUGGUAACAAUUUGAAGCCGAGAUUCACGAGCUUUGAGAGCGUUCCGCACCCUGAACUGCCACCAAUGGUGUACGCCAACGCGCUAUUUGGAUUCAAUUAA